AUGGGUAUUUGUGACAUAUGUCGUGCAAUACCCAUAGAGCCAUUUUUCAAUCCAGAUGUUAGCAAGUCUUUACAUGUUCAUCAUCCUUCAGUGAAAAGUCUCGAAAGAUCCGCAACAAACGGCUGUCACAUAUGUGCUCUAUUCUAUAGUGCCAUCACUGGGGCUCCGUCUCGGAACGAAAGCCAAAAAACUUAUUUGAAAGUCGAUCAAAAGCUGGGUGUGUCAAGUCCUCAUCGAAAUCUAGUUUCCUACCAAGUGGGACGGGAUGGACAGAAAUAUCUGUUUGACGUGGAAUCUACAGACGAUUUGUACUCUAGCAUCUUAUUUCCCAAAAACCAGAACAUUACCUCUCUGGUCUCAUCAUGGAUUGGCACCUGUAUUCAUGAGCAUAUGAACUGCAAUAUACAUUACGAAACGGGGUUUCGGCCUCGUCGACUCAUUGAUGUUCGAAAGUACGGCCUCUCACCUCGGCUGGUUGAGACGGCGCAAAGUAAUGAGGAUUGUUCAAAGUACCUUGCGCUGACACAUUGUUGGGGAAAAGAAAUGCCAGAAGUUGCAACAACGAAAAUCAAAACACUUCAGCGUCGCUUGGUCUCAAUUCCCUUCAAAACAUUACCUCGAACAUUCCGUGAUGCAAUCAUAGUUACUAGACGACUUGGACUCAAACAUCUAUGGAUUGAUUCUCUUUGCAUCGUUCAAGAUUCCCCCCAAGAUUGGCAGCAAGAGUCAGCUUUGAUAGGCAAAAUCUAUUCUCAUUCUUACUGCACGAUUGCAGCGGCAGCGGCAUGUAAUUCCGAGGAAGGACUCUUUGCAUUGCAUAGCGAGUUGCCAUUGAUUCCUCGCACCCCCCAUCAACCCGGAGUUCUAUUUAAACUCCCUUUUCCCGGAUGGAAAGGUCUUUUCGAUAAAAGCACACUGAUUCAGAGAAGCUGGACUCUACAGGAACGAGAACUUUCACCCAGAAUGUUGUAUUUCACUAAACACACUAUGCUGUUUGAGUGUCGAGAAGCUCGUAUAUCCGAUCAUAAUCAUGUAAUGAAUAGCAAUCAUUGGGUUUCAAAAUCCGAUCUAUCACGAUAUGUUUCAAUCUCGAGUGUACGGUGUCUCGACAAAAUCCACGAAGGUAGCGUUGCCUCACCGCACCACGAUAUGGUGAAUGAAAAGUAUUAUGAACUGUGGCGAAAGAUGGUGCAGGAUUACAACAAUCGUCAACUCACGCAUCGUACUGACAAAUUCCCGGCUCUUUCUGGUCUCGCUUUCGAAUUUGCAUAUCUGUUAGAUGAUGAAUAUCUUGCAGGACUAUGGCGGAAGGAUCUUGUGAGAGGCUUGUGUUGGAAAUGGUCAUCAAAUUCUGCGAAAAAACAGAGUGCGGACCAUUAUGGACCUUCAUGGUCUUGGGCCAAGAUGAAUGUUCCCAUAACAUAUGGACUCAUUAGAGAAGAUCGGGUCUUCGCCUCACGAACUAUAGGAGUGCAGUUCGUUCAUAUACCAGUGGAUUCACGGUUUACCGACCCGGAGAUCUUACAUGCUAGUAUCGUUCCGGAGGGUAGGGAUCCCAAUGGCACUCUCGUCUCAGGCAGAAUCUAUCUUCGUGGACAACUCAUCUCAUUGAAACGGUCAAAAGCGGGUGAUUACUCAAUCGAUGGCGAAUCAUUACCAAUUACAUUUGAUAAUUUACCCCAACCACCAGUAGAUCUUUAUCUUCUGGGCUUGGGGAGGACAAAUGUAGGGUUGAUCCUUCAGGUAUUCGAAGAAAGUAGUAGAGAGUAUAUUCGAGUAGGUGUGGUUGCUCCUACUGAGUGGGAAUGGUUCGAAAAUAUUGAAUUCGACCAUUUGACCUUGGUAUGA